CUCGAAUCAAAAUCCAGACAGUGCAGACUUCUCUUCCAUCCAUAAAGUCCGUCUUUUCCACCCCACCACCCCCAGACACCCGACAAAACAACAGCUUCUUCCUCACCCGUCGCAACCUACUCUCAUUCAUCACCAUGGCCGACGACGCGCAGCAUGAGCACACCUUCGAGAGCGCCGAUGCCGGUGCUUCUCAGACCUACCCUAUGCAGUGCUCUGCUCUGAGGAAGAACGGUUUCGUCGUCAUCAAGAACCGCCCUUGCAAGAUCGUCGAAAUGACCACCUCCAAGACCGGCAAGCACGGUCACGCCAAGGUUCACUUGGUCGCCAUCGACAUCUUCACCUCCAAGAAGCUUGAAGAGCUCUGCCCCUCUACCCACAACAUGAACGUUCCCAACGUCCGCCGCCAGGAGUACCUUCUCGUCGACGUUUCCGAGGAUGGUUUCCUUUCUCUCAUGUCUGAUGACGGUUCCACCAAGGACGACGUCAAGCUUCCCGAAGGUGAGGUUGGUGACAAGAUCAACAAGCUCUUCGUCGAGGAUGGCAAGGACACCAGCGUCAUUGUCCUCACUGCCAUGGGUGAAGAGUCCGCUAUCGAUGCUAAGGAGGCUCCCAAAUAAAUCAGCGUUGGAUACAUCGACUCUCAGCAGAGGGCAAGUCGCGGAGUUUUGACGGGCUCCGACCGGAAAUCAGAUUGCCCGAGACUUUUUCACAGUCAUGAGCAAAGCUACAGCUUCUGCGGUUACUUUGGCAUUCCUCAGUGCGAUUUACCUGCGCUGAUGGUUCCCAAUGCUUGUGGUUCUUCGGACGGAUUUUGAGGUCUUGCAUUGCCAUGUGUGGGAAACUAUUUACGAAUUUGUUUCCCUUUCCUAGAUAUAUCCCUUACGACAAACGAAUAAAAAGGCGAUGAUGUUACGGC